AUGCCAACCAGUGGAGUUCAAGAACAUGGCAAACGCCGUGUUGCUUAUUAUUAUGACGCAAAUAUUGGUAAUUACUAUUAUGGGCAAGGACAUGUUAUGAAGCCACAUAGGAUUCGGAUGACGCAUCAUCUAUUAUUGAAUUAUGGAAUUUAUAGGAAUUUAGAAGUCUAUAGACCUCACCCAGCUACUUUUGAAGAAAUGACACGAUUUCAUGCUCAGGAUUAUAUAAUGUUUUUGCGAACUGCUGCACCGGACAACAUGAAGUCUUUUAGCAAACAAAUGUUGAGAUUUAAUGUGGGUGAGGAUUGUCCAGUUUUUGAUGGACUUUAUGAAUUUUGUCAGAUCUCUUGCGGAGGAUCUUUAGCUGCUGCAGUAAAAUUGAAUAAAAGGAAAGCUGAUAUAGCAAUUAACUGGAUGGGUGGCUUACACCACGCCAAAAAGAGUGAAGCGUCUGGAUUUUGCUAUUCAAAUGAUAUUGUGCUUGGGAUUCUUGAGUUGUUAAAGUAUCAUAAACGAGAUUUAGCUGUUAUUUACGAUAUUGAUGUUCAUCAUGGUGAUGGAGUUGAGGAAGCUUUUUACACAACUGAUCGUGUCAUGACGGUAUCGUUCCAUAAAUAUGGCGACUUUUUCCCAGGCACUGGAGAAUUGAAAGACAUUGGCGCUGGUAAAGGAAAGUAUUACUCAGUUAAUGUGCCUUUAAAGGAUGGGAUCACUGACGAUUCCUACCAAAGCAUCUUUGUUCCAGUUAUGUGGAGCCGACUCUCUGAACGGGGAUCGUUUAGGCACAUUCAAUAUGACACUCAGAGGUUAUCAUUGCCUAGAAUUUUCUGUCCGCUUUUUCUUAGUUUCAAAGUUUUUAUAGGUCAUGGUGCUUGCGCACAGUACUUCAGAGAUCGUCAUGUGCCACUGAUGAUGUUGGGUGGUGGCGGAUAUACGCCUCGUAAUGUUGCUCGUUGUUGGACAUACGAAACAUCGAUUGCUGUUAACAUGGAAGUUUCUGAUGACUUACCAUACAACGACUAUUUCGAAUAUUUUGGCCCUAAUUAUCGGUUGCAUAUUGAGCCUUCGAAUGCUAACAAUGAUAAUACUCCUGAUUUUCUUAGAAGAAUUCAGGAAGGUGUUAUGGAAAAUUUAAGACACGUUGCUGCUGCUCCAAGCGUUCAAAUGCAACCGAUACCAGAUGAUGCCUUAAAAUGUAUAAAUCAUGAGGAAGUUGCACGAGAUAAUGCUAAUCCAGAUGUUCGAUUACAUCAUUCUAUUACUGACGGUAUGGUGGCUGACCCUGGAGAAUUUUAUGAUGGUGAAAAUGAAGGUGAGGAUCGCCGUAAUGAGCAGUCAUACAAGCGUCCGGCUGCUGGAUAUGAAGAAAAUGGGGCAAAGAAACUAAAGAUUGAGGUAUGUUUUGGUCAUCAAGAGUCUAGAUAUUCGCAUUUUUUGUAG